AUGGCGGCUCUUCCUUACAGGCCUAGCAAUGCUGAGCAGCGAAGAUAUUAUUUCGGACUGGCGCGGACCGCUGGUCUCGGAGAUCCAGGGACGUGUGUCUUCGAUUUGGAUGGUCGUAUCAUCGGUAUGAUCACUGGUGGCGCUCGUGUGGGUGCUAAAGACCAGAAAGUCUGGAGAGGACUUUCUCAAGAGGGUAGCAGUUCCAAGGUUGGACCAGAAGCGGAACAGACAGGCGCUGAUUCAAUGCCUCAAUGGGGAAACGGGACAGAUGUCACUUUUGUGAGCCCAAUCGAGUGA